AUGGCAUCAUCCGCAUCCACAAAAGUGAGCAUGAAGCUUCUGAUCGACACAAAGUGCAAGAGAGUUCUGUUCGCCGAAGCCUCCAAGGAAGUGGUGGACUUCCUUUUUAACCUGCUUCAGUUGCCACUCGGUGCAGUGGUGAAGCUUCUAACAGAAAAAUCCAUGGUGGGUGGCAUAGGUAAUCUCUAUAAGAGCGUGGAGGGUCUUGGUGACACUUUCUUGCAACCAAACCUAUCCAGAGAUGUUCUGCUGAAUCCAGCUUUCCCUUCAUCGUCAACCGCCAUCUCUGGUCUUCUUCUUCCAUCAUCAGCUUCUGCCACGGGAAGGGUACAUGGGAGUAGUGGCUUUGUGAAAGAGGUUGUGACGUACAUGGUGAUGGACGAUUUGGUCAUUCAACCCAUGUCAACCAUUUCAAGCAUCACUCUGCUGAACAAGUUCAAUGUGAAGGAGGUUGGUGCCUUGCAAGAGAAGGUGGUCGAGCUUGGAAUGAACGAGGGCUUAAGGCUACUGAAGGCCUCAUUGCAGUCGAAGAUGGUGUUGACAAGCGUCUUCCUCAAGAGUAUGGACACAUAA